AAUAUCAAGUGAAAUAAUUGUCACUUUAGCUGACUACACUUAUGUGGGCUAUCUAAUUAAAGUGUUGUUGAUUUUGGUCAAUAAGAUCAUCGCAAAGUGACCUCAAAUACCUUAACCUGAGAUGGUCUCUCGCGGUUUCCCAUGAUGCAUCGCUUUAUUUAGUGCUGUCGCUUAGGGAGAUGAUAGGAACCUGAUCCAGACUACCAGACGUACGCAGCCGUUCUCCGCUCUCGCUUUUCGGCAGCAUCAGCGACAUGCUCGGCGAGGUGCAACGUACUUAAGCCACUGUGGCUUGUCUUGUUUCACCACGAUUUACCCGUCUUUGGUCAAAUAGUCCACGGCCGGGGUUCGUUUUAGCCGCAAGCCAUGGCAUCGGCCAACGUCACGCUGGAGAAUCAACUGCACAGCGCACAGAAAAACCUGCUGUUCCUCCAGCAGGACCACGCCAACACACUGAAGGGGCUGCAUGCGGAGGUCCGACGAUUGCAGCAGCAAUGCACAGACCUGACAUAUGAGCUCACUGUGCGAAGCUCCGAUCCUUCAGUGGUUGUUGUGCCUCGUGCAGACAGCGGCGAGGUGCGAUGCCGAGAGCUGCAAAGGAGGUGCGAGGAGCUAGAGGCAGAACUGAAGAAGAAGGAGGAGGAGAACACAGAGCUGCUCAGGGACCUGGAGCAGAAGAACGCCAUGAUCUUCGUGCUGGAAAACACCAUCAAGGAGCGGGAGAAGAAGUACCUGGAGGAGCUGAAAAUGAAGAGCCACAAGCUGGCCGUUCUGUCCGGAGAGUUGGAGCAGCGAGCCAGCACCAUCGCUUACCUCACGUCGCAGCUUCACGCCACCAAGAAGAAACUUCUGGCGGGCAGCUCCUCGGAGGCGAGCCCCAACGUCAGCCCGGUCACCUCGUUCAAGCCCACGCCCCCUCCGGCCAAAGACAGGCAACCCGAAACCCCGCGCCGCCGUAUGAGGAAGAGCCUCUCUCAGCCGCUUCACCCCGAGCUGACCGAGGUGUACCGGCUCGGCGCGGACGGCAAGCGGGUGGUCCUGCGAGAGGCCGUGGACGCUAUGCCCGACCCGACGCCCUUCCUGCAGGCAGGGAGAGAGUCUCCGGAUCUGCAGGUGGUACGAGAACGACCGGCCGUCAUUCCACCUAUCGCCUCGGAACGCCCGCCCGCCACUCCCUCGGGGGCUACGGCCAGCCCCCGUCACAGCCCGGCUCGGGACCGCCAGUACAGGGCUCACGUGGGGGUGGCACACCGCAUCCCCCAUGGGACCCUUCCCUUGGCCCCGCCCCAGGCAGAGCUGGAGACUCUGGCAGUGGACCAGGUGAAAGAAGAAAAGGUUGUGCGCAAGCGUUCUGGGGCUGACAGGACAGUUUGAAGCCGUGGCACACGCACAUGAAUGCAUACACACACACGUGCACUACUCACAAAAUGUUACGGAUACUCGGCUUACCGUACCUAAAAUGAACUACGGUGAACCCUUUCAUAUUCAGGGCUUGGUGUUCGUCCAAAAACACAACUUAUUUGCUGAAACAAACCGAUUCACUGUUUUUAGGCUCAGACCAUACUCAUAUCUAAUAUCUCAGUACUUUUUCCGUGCCAAGCAACUAUGUUGAAAUGAGUGGAGGAACUUCGUUUAGUGAGGCCAUUUGCGGCCUUGUGGCAUCUUUAGUCAAUUGCAAACCCUUUUGGGUGGAUGUCAGUUUCUAACGGGUAACGUGGGGUUGGUGUCACAGUGUGAACUCAAUUUGACCUCUAAAAUUUCCCACUUCAAUGUUUUUGUUUUUUUGCAUAACGUGCUAUUCUCUAACAUAGACCAAAUUGACAACAGCAAUUUUUUUCCACCUAGUGUUGUCCAUUUCUUUACCUUUCAGUGAGUCUUCCAGUCGCUCUUGAUCUCUGUUACAGCCAGUUGAUGACGCAGACAUUCAAAGCACAGUGGCCGCUUCCCUGUGAGAGCAUCUUCUUUGAAGCCUCACAAUAAUGGCAAGACACAGUUGAUCAAUUGUUCGGCGAUGUCCAAAUGCGAACAGCAUGAUCACAAGGAUUGUUUAAAUACCCGCUCUCAGUGAAACAGGAAAUUGGUCGUUUCAUGGUCCCAACACCCAAUUCUGCUAUUCAGUUCCUCGUUAGUGAACAGCAAAUUGUGCAGAAGAGUACUGAGCCAUUCAAAGUUCACCUGUGAAGGUGAUUGUCCAUUUUAGGUUGAUCCAUCCUGAAAUUUGAUCGGAAAGCCCACUAUGCCAAAUUUUUGUGAGUAGUGUAUAUUUACGAUGAGACACACAAGGGGCAGGGAUGAGCCCGAGCACUGUGUAGCCUGCUUUAUAAGCAAAACACUGUCAUGUAAAAUGAAAAUGACGCACUGGAUCAACGGGCGUUUCUUCAUGCACAUUUGAAAAGGACGACUGUCCCGCAAAGCAUGCCAAAUGUUUCUUUACAACCUUAUCGAGUGUUGUAUUAUACUGUACAUGCAUCAUUUCGUUCCGUGUGGUGCAAUCAACACAUCCUCAGCCAAAUAUCUGCAUCAGUGCCUGCUUGGUGCAAACGCGCACACAAUGCGUAGUGUAGUUAUGGCGACCAGUUGUCUCUGGAAGUCACAACAAACUAUAGAGCAAGAUGUCUACAGCCGCUUAGGACAGCAGCAAUGAUUCAGCUAAUACUCUCUGAAUGUCUUGUCACCCCCCUUGCAAUGUCACUAUACUUCUCUUACUGUAGGCUGCGUAAUCAAGGUGAGUUGGUCACUGCACAUGUAUUUAUGCUUCAAUUCAACGUGAGCUACAAGUCAUGUAUUUCUGGGAGGAAUCAUAAGAACGGAAACAUCUCCAUUAUCUCUGUUAUUUGUGAUAAAAGGGCAUUUGGAAAAGCACUGCUGUUGUUGGAUUUUGUGAUAGAAGUAAUAUACUUUAUAAAGGCUGUACAUUUGUCAGGAUUGUUUUUUUAAUUUAGUGUUUAUUAGAGACUACAGCAACACCUCAGACAGUAAUUAUUGUCACUUUAUAUCCUGCUUUUCAUAUAAAACGUACCCUUGAAUAAUAAUAUAAAUUCACACAAUAAAGCUUUUUUUGGUUGCCUA